GGCCGCUCUCAUAAGCGGGAGUUUCGCGAUGCCGAGGCCACGGGUGCCGUUGAAGGCCUCCUCCCCAUCCGCCCCGUUGCACAGUGCCCGUUCCUGGAGUCCUCCCGUCUCCCCGGAGCUGUCACAGUGCGGCUGUUUGGGGACACCGUUCCGCCCUGGGGUGACGGUUGUGCCCGUGGACGCUCGGGGCCAGGGCUGUGCGCUCCCAUUGAGGAGCUGGUUGUGGGGGUGAACCCAACACCGCAGGGUACACGAGCACUGCUCAAAAUGAUGUACUGCCCGCACUGCCGGGGCCUGGUGUCCGUGAAGCCGUGCUACAAUUACUGCUUUAACGUCAUGAGAGGCUGCUUGGCCAACCAAGGAGACUUGGAUGCGGAAUGGAAUAUCUUUAUGGACUCUAUGUUGCUGGUAGCAGAGAGGCUGGAGGGUCCCUUUAACAUUGAAUCCGUCAUGGACCCCAUUGAUGUGAAGAUUUCAGAUGCCAUCAUGAACAUGCAGGAGAACAGCAUGCAAGUGUCUCAAAAGGUUUUCCAGGGAUGCGGCCAGCCAAAAACCCUUGCGCAAGGCCGGGCCGCGCGCUCCGUCUCCGAGAGUGGUUUCAGCGCUCGCUUUAGGCCCUACAACCCAGAGGAGCGGCCAACAACAGCUGCUGGCACCAGCUUAGACCGGCUGGUUACUGAUGUGAAAGAAAAGCUGAAGCAAGCCAAAAAAUUUUGGUCAUCUCUCCCUGGCAACAUUUGCAACGAUGAAAAGAUGUCUGUAGGCACCGUCAAUGAGAACGAGUGCUGGAACGGGAGCGCCAAGAGCAGGUACGACUUUGCGGUGACGGGGAACGGCCUGGCAAGCCAAGUGAAUAACCCAGAGGUGGAAGUUGAUAUCACCAAGCCAGACAUGGUGAUUCGCCGGCAAAUCAUGGCCCUCCGGGUGAUGACCAACAAACUGAAGAACGCUUACAGUGGGAACGAUGUUGACUUCAUUGACAUAAGUGAGGAAAGCAGCGGAGAAGAGAGUGGAAGUGGCUGUGAACUUCAGCAGUGCUCCCCGGAGUUCGAGUUCAACGCCACCGAAGUCACUGGAAACUCCAACAAGAGCGAUAAAAAAGUGAACACUUCUGCCGCCGCCAGCAGCGGUUCGUCACGAGCAGCCCUGUGCUUUAGCAUCUUGUUCCUGGCCAUGCAAAGACAAUGGAGAUAAUUGUGCAGCUUAGGGGAAAAGACAGACUUUUAUUUUCAAAGUUAGAAGGCACCUGCUUUCACUUUUAUACCAUCUAGGGACUUUGCUUUUUAAGUUAAUGGACAACAGUGUACAGUUUUUACUAUGUUGCCACUGGUUUUAAGGUAUUGAUUUUUUUUUCCCUUCCUAUUCUGGGAAUAACAGGAACAGGGGCUACCAGUCUGUCCCCUUCACCAAGAAUCCAUGUUAGAGGUGGAUAACAAAAAUGUAUAUACAAGCCUGUAGUUAGCUCUGCAUUUGUGUCUUUAUCACUUUUUUCUUUUUUUAAAAAAUUUUUUAUUUUACUGUAUUUCUUACAAAAAAAAGGCAAAAAACCCUCCCCACAGUCCUUUUGUGGCAUGUAACAAGUACGUGUUUCUGAAAAGAGAAAUAUCUGUACAGAAGCAAGUUUUAUUUAUCAUGUUAUCUUAUGGGGGGAAAAACUAAUUGCCCAACGAGCAGAAAACAUGUUUCACAUAGUUAACUUCCCAUUUAUCCGCAUUACGUUAGCUGCCUUAUCUGGAAAGGAGUGGAAGUAAUUUGUCUCUAUUAUGUGGUAAAACAGAAUGUGAAGGC